CUCUCCAUGCAUCAUCAUCUUAUCAUUUGCUAUUAAACGCAGAAACCAGACUGCGCCCAAGGAGGAAGAAGAAAGCAAAUAUGGUGGAUUUGGGAAAGAUCGAACACUCUCGCCUCCCCAUCCGAAGCGACAUCGGAAACCUCAACCUUCACAUAGCCCAGAUCGGAAAGGGGGAACUGGGAACGGUGGUUUUCCUGCACGGUUUCCCGGAGAUAUGGUACACGUGGAGGUAUCAGAUGAUCGCCGUCGCCGACGCUGGGUUCCGAGCGAUCGCCCCCGAUUUCAGAGGCUACGGCCUUUCCGAUCAACCGCCAGAGCCGGAGAAAGCUACGUUUGAAGACCUCAUCGGCGAUCUCCUUGGCAUCCUCGACGCGCUCGGCGUCCCCAAGGCCUUCCUAAUCAGCAAAGAUUUCGGAGCCUUUCCAGCUUACCAUUUCGCCAUUAGGCACCCCGAUCGCGUCCAGGGUUUGGUGACUCUUGGCAUUCCUUACACCCCGACCGGCUUCGAACAAAUGUUGUCUCUCCCCGAAGGCUUCUACAUCAAAAGAUGGAGGGAACCAGGGAGAGCAGAAGCGGACUUCGGCCGGCACGAUGCCAAGACGGUGGUGAGGAACGUCUAUAUCCUCUUCUCUAAAAGCGAGAUUCCCAUAGCAGCGGAGGGCCAAGAAAUCAUGGAUCUUGUAGACCCUUCCACUCCGUUGCCGCCAUGGUUCACAGAGGAGGAUCUCGAGGCCUACGGCGCGCUCUACAAGAACUCCGGCUUCCGUUUCCCGCUCCAGAUCCCAUAUCGGCAACUAUCGGAGCAGCGGCCAGUGGCGGCGGAUCCGACGAUUAAGCAGCCGGCAUUGCUUAUCAUGGGGGAGAAGGAUUACGUGAUCAAGUUUCCUGGAAUAGGGGAAUACGUGAGGAGCGAAACGCAGAAGAAGUUUAUCCCUAAUCUGGAGCUGAAAUUCUUGCCGGAAGGAUCGCAUUUCGUCCAUGAACAGAAUCCUGAAGAGGUGAACGAGCUCAUCCUUGAUUUCCUAAAGAGAAACAUUUGAAGCUCUUCAGGAUCAUAUAAAAACCAGUAUUACUAAGUGCUUUUGCAUCGAUCAAUAACCAGAUUGGAUGCUGUUUGUUUCUGCGUUUUAUUAAGCAUUCGCAUAAGAUCUGGCUGCUAAGACUUGUGCUAAAUAAAAUCAAUUAAGGCUCCGUUUGGAAGAGCUUUCUUACUGCUUUUUCUAAAGCAAUAUUUUCAUACAAAAAUUUUUAUAUUUCUAAAUAAAAAUUUUUGUAUGAAAAUAAUGUUUUAGAAAGUAAUAAAAAGACUGUACCAAAUAAAGCCUCAGACUUGUGUUAUAUAGAUGUUUCUAAGGUUAUUAAAUAAUAGUUUUAGUUUAAUUUA